UGCCAUUGGUUUCCUGUUUAAAACAGGCGGAAAGCCACUCAGGUACAAACUGUGCUGUAGGCUACGGGCUCAACCCGACAGGGAUGACUAUCUUGGUAACAGAAGUUGUAAGCUGUUCCUGAAAUUAUUUCCAAAAAGUUUUUUUGGCAAAAACUCUGAAAAGACCUUGCAGGUGGACAGUUUCUGAAGAGUGGAGGAAAUGUCUGAAACGACUGGUGGGAAGAGCGACUCAGACAAAAACACUGGACUCGAGAUUUCACGUCCAUCAGAGGAUAUAGACCUUACAAAUAACGAAGAGAAACUGCAGCAGUGGUUACGCGAAUACGGAGACCAAAUCAACCAGUGGGUCGAAGGAGGUAACCCGAAACAGCAGCUAAUGAAAACGAAAGUAAAACCUAACGCUAAAAACUGCGAGGUGAAAUCAAACCCAAUGUAGGCCAAAAAGGGACCCAGCAACGAUUUAACUCAGCAGGGUUCGGUUGUGAGUUUUACCCAUCAAGCUGAGUCGUGUUUCUGCUUUAAACAUGGUUAGGAAAGGACCAUGUUAUUAGGUAAAACCAGACUCUGAGAUAAAAAAAGCACUAUCCAUAUUCUGGGUUAUCAGUAUCAGUUACAUUAAUUAAGUAUUACAAAUUAACUUCUAAAUCAAGAAAUACACUGCUAAAAUAAAACUAUAAAACUAUGGAGCAAGUUUACAAUGACCCAGUCAUUUUAUCCCAACAAGAAAUUUAAAUUACAAACGUAUGUGUAAAAAAAACAUUUUUUCACACUUUAGGUCUCCAGAUUUUCACCAUCAAAUUAAAAAAACUGUCUAAAAAUUUAAAAAAUCUGCUUACCUCACAUCAUGAGGACUUAAAUCAUUUAUAUGGUGGGUUACCCAACAUAUACAUGUAAAUCCUGAAAUCACACCUACAUCUUACCACAGGCCUGUACAAAAUUUUCUCAUGAUUUUGCUGCAAAUUCAUGUUCGUAAGAAAAUCAUAUGAUUUUAUUCUUUUAAGAAAGUAAUUUUCCUACCACUUGAUUUCUGCAAGGAAAUAUUUAUACUACAACUGUAUUCUCAUAUACAAUGACUCAAAUUUAUUUUUAACCCGCAAAAUAAUAACAAUAAUAAUAAUAAUGAUAAUAUGUCCUAAAACUGUGUUGAAUGUAUCAUAAAGUCUUUAUUCUUGUCUUAUUAUGAGUUAAAAAAAAUAAUGUGACCCCUGUACACCAUUUUAAAAACACACUCUUUAGUUAACAAAGAGUUUAAGUAAAAAAAAAAAACAUAAACUUUUUAACUUUUAUGUAUUGACGGUAUUGAUGCUAGAGAUUUCAAAUAAGUUUUAAAUGUUAUAGUUUCUAUUGUGUAAAAUUUAGCAGCUUUUUUAUUACAAUGGAAUAUAACACGCAGAAGUAUUUAUUUGUUUAAAUCUUUAUUUAAGAAAAAAGAAGGAUGGCCCAACCUGGGCAACAACACUGCUGCAGUGGCAUGAAAUCUGUGAGACCGCACAUCAAUAAAUAACAUUUAUUAAUGCCUCUGUAUUGCACCUGAACUGAUCAAAAAAUCUUUAAAAAAACUACAGUGUAAAUAUUUGGUGUCUCUGAUUGGUUUUCUCAGGUGAAAUUUAUCAUUUUUUUCAAAUGUAUUAUCAUAUUGUGUCUUCUGUUUUUGCUGUCAUAGAUGAAAGCCGAUUAUCUCCACGCUGGUUCCAUCCAGGACAAAGUGAGUCCACUGUUGUCUAACCAACACUUCUGUAGCCAAGUUUCUUGCUCCGAGUCUGUGUGACAUCAAGUCUUUAUCCGCCAAGAUGUGUUUUGAAGAAUAAAGUCCAGAGUUUGAUCAGGAUUUUUUUAAAAACAUGAUUUCUGACCGAUGUAAAGUGGCCUUUUCUCCAUUUAUGCUCUAGAACUGGUUAAAUUUAUGGACUUUCUGUCUGCUUUUUUUAAUAAGUUAAUUGUUUUUUAAAGCGCCUGAACUGAUCAAAAAAUCUUUAAAAAACUACAGUGUAAAUCUUCGUUGUCUCUGAUUGGUUUCCUCAGGUGAAAUUGAUCAUUUUUUUCAAAUGUAUUAUCAUAUUGUGUCUUCUGUUUUUGCUGUCAUAGAUGAAAACCGACCACUUUCACCUGGUUCCCUUCGAAAACAAAGUGAGUCCACUGUUGUCUAACCAACACUUCUGUAGCCAAGUUUCUUGCUCCGAGUCUGUGUGACAUCAAGUCUUUAUCCUCCAAGGUGUGUUUUCCAGAAUAAAGUCCAGAGUUUGAUCAGGAUUUUUUUACUCUAAUCACUUUUCCUGUAUCCGUGUAAAAUAGUGCAACAGGUCAUUCAUGACUCUGUUCAACUGGUAGAGUGCUUGAAUUAAAUAGACCAAACAUUUAAAUAACUAAACUACACUCUAACGUCUCUCAGAGGGACUCAUAUGGUAACCAAACCCCUUUGAUGCUCAUUUUUAAGCAUUUUAGUAAAAUCUAUCAUACUUAAACUUAAGUUCUGUAAUUUGUUUUCUUUUUUUUUCCAGUGUUGUUCAGAUUUAUGGCUGAAUCCUAUCGCAGGUCCUGUGUGAAGGGUGAGUCAUUAUGAGUAUGUACUGACACUGCUUUAUUUUAAAGUUCGUGGCACUGAUCAUUGGACAUUAAGGUUUUCCUCAUAAAUUUGUCAUUUGGUUCCAAAAAAAUAAAAAUCUACUGACCGAUCUUGUUUUCCUCAAUGUUAUCGCUGUUAUGAAAUAAGGCGGGUUGGUGUGUUUUCCCCAUACAAUUCUGCAGCAAGUCUUCAUGUGGUUAAUGUAGAUUAAAAAAGUGCAUGAUAGUGAUAUAACAUUGAAUUUACUCCUCCUCCCCCUUAAAAACAAAAAGAAAUCAUCAUCCAGGGUUUGAUGAGUCUUCUGUUUUUUUAACACUUCUAAAGUUAAAUGAACUAGGCAGAAUUGAAUUUUGAAAUUUUUUUCUUCAGAUGAACUCUGUGUAGAAAUGACUGUGAUACACAAAACAUUUACAUUACAGAAGGACAGUCCUCCUAACCUCGAGGGAAGAAACUUUGCCCCAAAUUUUCUUGAUUUCUAAUCACAAAACAUGUUUCUCACUGUUAUGUAAAGUGGUCUUUUUUCAUGAAAACACUAUCACAACACAUUCAUUUGCACCAAAACCUUUGUGUCUUGUUUGUUGAUGAAAAAUGUGUCUUUUAAGCUAAAAUUGACCAAAGAUCUGUCAAAAAAAACUUGGUGCCGACCUUUGUUUGUCUGUCACUUGUUAACUCUAAUAAAACUGCAUCAAAUUGAACUUUAAUGUCAUAUUAUUUUCUCUUAUUUUGACAGGGGCGGAUAAAGCUGAAAAAUCCCUCCGGCUAAAUGAUUUAGCAGAUCGUGAGUGUUAGUCUCAUUAUUAUUAUUUUUUUAAUGAAUGUGAAAUGCAACAUUAAAGGUACAUCAUGAUUUAUUUUCCUUUCCCUCAGCGGAGCACCUUGUGGAGAUCUACAAAUACGCAUUGUCCCAGGGUGUGAACAUAAUUAAACCAAUUUUGGACAAGCUCCUCGUGAACGAGAUUAUUCAAGAAGAGACCUAUGAUCAAAUCAGCACUCUUCCAGCCCCUGAGGACAAGAUGAGGAUGAUUUAUGAUCGUCUGAGUGCUGAGGAUGGAGGCAUAGACAUCUUUAACAACAUCCUUGCAGAGCUGGAGCAACAGUUUCAUAAGGACUCAGAGUAAAAGCAUUAACACACAAGCUUUCUUUUCACAUUGAAAGGAGAAUGAGUACUGAAUACCAUUUGUCUUUGACUGUUUUAGAUCUCAAAAACAGCAGAGCGCUGCCUCAUGUAGCAGCCAGGGGGCUUCAGCAUGUGACGCUAUGACAGUGAGCAGAUCAUCUUUGUCUAAGACAUUCACUUUUGACCCAGCUAUUCAAAGUACAAGUGAAUAGAUCAACCUGAUCUAGUAAUACACUUUUAUUUACAAAAAAACACUUUUUCACUCUUGAAAGCGAAUUUAGUCUGUCAUAAGUUUUAUUAGAAUUGUGUUCAGACCAAAAAAGAUCAUUUUAAUUUGUUUUAUACAUUAAUUGUGGCAUCUAUGAGCUUCAACAUGAAGUCAAAAACCUAACAUAAAAGUCCACCAUUUUAGCUUAGAGGACUAAUAAAGUCAUCAUAGUAGUUCAGGGGUAAGUUGAGCCAGUGGCUCAACUAAUAAAGUACAAGAGUCUGAUGAGAGGAUCAGGGUUUCAGUUCAGAUUGUUGAAAUGUUUUACUUUGUCUUUUCAAGAAUACAGCUGUGAAUGUUCUGAAUCACUUUAAAACAUUCUCAUGUUAAAAUGACUUUUUACAAAACAGCUUUUUAGCAGUUAUAUGCAACAAUAAUAAUAAUAAAAGAAUUAUUGUACCAGUUGAAUAGUGUAUAAUAGAUAAAAAUACACAUGAAUGUGAGGAAGUGACUGUUAUUUAGGGAGAGAGAAGGUGAGGGAGGGCUGGGGUGUAAAGUUGGGUGGUAGUAGGGAAACAGCUUAACUUACCCCGCUCCUUUGGUCGACUUACCCCAUACACGGGGUAAGUUGACCAUAGAAGACCACUUUUUUUCGGCAUGCUAUAUUAUCAAGACAGUUAUGUUUACACUCAUUCUGUUGGUUUGCAGGGAUGAACAACAUCUUGAAAUAUAUGCAGAUACACUAGUUAGAGACAAAACUAUGAUUACCUUGAUGUAGUGAUCCGAAAUAUGAAAAAUGGCUCAUCUUACCCCACUCUCCUCCAUACAGUAUAAAAAAACAACUAAAUCAUCACCAUUGUUGUCAAAGUUCAACAUUAUUUGAUCAUUUUAAAUGUUUGAUCACUUUCAUAUCAGUUAUCCAGCCUGAAUCCAGCAAAGACCACUGGACUCGAGAUUUCACUUCCAUCAGAGGAAAGAGCCCGGAUGAAGAUAUUGUCGCAGUUGUUACAGGAAUGUGGAGACCGUAUUGAUGAAGGUAACAUGGAGAACAAACAGCAGCUAAUGAAAAUGAAAGUAAAAUCUAACGCUAAAAACUGCAAGGUUAAAACUAGCCCAUUGAAGGUCAAAAAAGGACCCAGCAACGAUUUAACUCAGCAGGGUUCAGUUAUGAGUUUUACCCACAAGUUGAGUAAUGUUUCUGCUUUAAAAAUGGAAAGGACCAUGUUGUUAGGUAAAACCAGACUGGGAUAAAAAAAGCACUAUCCAUAUUUAGGGUUAUUAGCAUCAGUUACAUUAAUUAAGUAAUACAAAUUAACUUCUAAAUCAAGAAAUGCACUGCUAAAAUAAAACCAUAAACUAUGGAGCAAGUUUACAAUCACCCAGUCAUUUUAUCCCAACAAGAAAUUUAAAUGUGUAAAAAAAACAUUUUUUCUAUAACAAUAAUAAUAAUAAUAAAAAAAACCCAAUAAUAAUAAUAAUGAUAAUAUGGCCUAAAACUGUGUUGAAUGUAUCAUAAAGUCUUUAUUCUCGUCUUAUUAUGAGUUAAAAAAAAUAAUGUGACCCCUGUACACCAUUUUAAAAACACAACCUUUAGUUAGCAAAGAGUUACAGUAAAAAAAAAAAACAUUUCAACUUCUAUGUAUUGACGUUAGAGAUUUCAAAUUAGUUUUAAAUGUUAUAGUUUCUAUUGUGUAACAUUUAGCAGCUUUUUUAUUAAAGUGGAAUAUAACACGCAGAAGUAUUUAUUUGUUUAAAUCUUUAUUUAAGCCAAAAGAAGGAUGGCCCAACCUGGGCAACAACACUGCUGCAGUGGCAUGAAAUCUGUGAGACCGCACAUCAAUUAAUAACAUUUAUUAAUGCCUCAGUAUUGCAGCACUGGCCCUACAGUUAUUCUGAACAUGUCUUCUUCCUGACAAGGUAAAUAGUCAAGUGAUGCUGCUCUGCUGUGUGAGGAGCAUUGAACCAGUCGUUGACAAACUCCUCUGUAAUGUAGUAAUCAAAAUAUAAAAUUAACGUAUCAGUGCUCUUUUUAUAGAGCAUGAUUUCUAACCAAUGUAAAGUGGUCUUUUCUCCAUUUAUGCACUAGAACUGGUUAAAUUUAUGUAAUUGAUGUCUGCCGGGUUUUUUUUUUUCUUACAAGUAAACUUGUAUUUAAAGCACAUGAACUGAUCAAAAAAACUUUAAAAAAACUACAGUGUAAAUCUUAGUUGUCUCUGAUUGGUUUUCUCAGGUGAAAUUUAUCAUUUUUUUCAAAUGUAUUAUCAAAUUGUAUCAUCUGUUUUUGCUGUCAUAGAUGAAAGCCGAUUUUCUUCACAAUGGUACCAUCCAGGACAAAGUGAGUCCACUGUUGUCUAACCAACACUUCUGUAGCCAAGUUUCUUGCACUGAUUUUGUGUGACAUCAAGUCUUUAUCCUCCAAGAUGUGUUUUCCAGAAUAAAGUCCAGAGUUUGAUCAGGAUUUUUUUACUCUGAUCACUACUGCAUAUGUGGCAUGGUGGUAUAUUGUAUCCCUGUAAAAUAGUGCAACAGGCCAUUCAUGGCUCUGUUCAACUGGUAAAGUGCUUGAAUUAAAUAGACCAAACAUUUAAAUAACUAAACUACACUCUAACGUCUCUCAGAGGAACUCAUAUGGUAACCAAACCCCUUUGAUGCUCAUUUUUAAGCAUUUUAGAAAAAUCUAUCAUACUUAAACUUAAGUGAGGUAAUGUGUUUUCUUUUUUUUGUUUUUCUUUUUUUUUUUUCAGUUGUGCGUAGACUUGGAUCAUUGUUCAACCUCAGCAGAAAUGGUGAGUCAUUAUGAGUUUGUACUGACACUGCUUUAUUUUAAAGUUCGUGGCACUGAUCAUUGGACAUUAAGGUUUUUCUCAUAAAUUUGUCAUUUGGUUACAGAAAACUAAAAAUCUACUGAUUGAUCUUGUUUUCCUCAAUGUUAUCGCUGUUAUCAAUAAGGUGGGUUGGUGUGUUUUCCCCUUACAGUUCUGCAGCAAGUCUUAAUGUGGUUAAUGUAGAUUAAAGAAGUAAAUGAUAGUGAUAUAACAUUGAAUUUACAAAAUUACCUUUUUUUCUUUCUUUAGAGAAGCUCUCUAUGAAAACCAAAAGUCUUGUUAAUCCAAAGUGUAAGCAACAAUGACCUAAAGGGGAAAAUAUUAACCUUUUUUUCUUUGAUUUAGUGGUAGAAAACAGGCUCUUUCAAAUAUAUGUGAAGCUUUUGUCUGUAACUUGUCACCUCAGAUAAAAUUCCACUGACUCUAAAUUUGUAUGUCAAUAUCAGACAAGCUCCUCAUUUUGUGGGCUGUUCAUAGAGAAAGUAAAGGUUGACUUAGAGUCCUCCUAACCUUGAGGGAAGAAACUUUGCCCCAAAUUUUCUUGAUUUCUAAUCACAAAACAUGUUUCUCACUGUUAUGUAAAGUAGUCUUUUUUAGUGAAAACACUAUCACAACACAUUCAUUUGCACCAAAACCUUUGUGUCUUGUUUGUUGCUGAAAAAUUUGUCUUUUAAGCUAAAAUUGACCAAAGUUCUGUCAAAAAAACUUGGUGCCGACCUUUGUUUGUCUGUCACUUGUUAACUUUUAUAAAACUGCAUCAAAUUGAACUUUAAUGUCAAAUUGCCUUCUCUUAUUUUAACAGAGGUGGAUAAAGCUGAAAAAUUCCUUGCGCAAACUUCAGUGGAUCAUGAGUGUUAGUCUGUUUUUCUGAAAUGAAUGUGAAACGCAACAUUAAAGGUACAUCAUGAUUUAUUUAUUUCCCUCAGUGGAGCACCUUGUGGAGAUCUACAAAUAUGCAUUGUCCCAGGGUGUGAACAUAAUUAAACCAAUUUUGGACAAGCUCCUCAUGAACGAGAUUAUUCAAGAAGAGACCUAUGAUCAAAUCGGCACUCUUCCAACCCCUGAGGACAAGAUGAGGAUGAUUUAUGAUCAUAUGAGUGCUGAGGAUGGAGGCAUAGACACCUUUAACAACAUCCUUGCAGAGCUGGAGCCACAGUUUCAUAAGGACUCAGAGUAAAAGCAUUAACACACAAGCUUUCUUUUCAUAUUGAAAGGAGAAUGAGUACUGAAUACCAUUUGUCUUUGACUGUUUCAGAUCUCAAAAACAGCAGAGCGCUGCCUCAUGUAGCAGCCAGGGGGCUUCAGCAUGUGACGCUAUGACAGUGAGCAGAUCAUCUUUGUCUAAGACAUUCACUUUUGAUCCAGGUUUUCUGAGUACAAGUGAAUAGAUCAACCUGAUCUAGUAAUACACUUUUAUUUACAAAAAAACAUUUUUUCACUCUUGAAAGUGAAUUUAGUCUGUCAUAUGUUUUAUUAGAAUUGUGUUCAGACCAAAAAAGAUCAUUUUAAAUUUGUUUUAUACAUCAAUUGUGAUAUCUAUGAGCUUCAACAUGAAGUCAAAAACCUAACAUAAAAGUCCACCAUUUUAGCUUAGAGGACUAAUAAAGUCAUAAUAGUUAGAGACAAAACUAUGAUUGCCUUGAUGUUGUGAUCCGAAAUAUGAAAAAUGGCUCAUCUUACCCCACUCUCCUCCAUACAGUACAGAAAAACAACUAAAUUAUCACUGUUGUUGUCAAAGUACAACAUUAUUUGACCAUUUUAAAUGUUUAAUCACUUUCAUAUCAGUUAUCCAGCCUGAAUCCAGCCCCAGUUCAAUCUGGAUUAUUUCAGGUUCUACAUUCUCCCAAUCUUACUUUGAGAAUUUAAACACAAACUGAAUUUAACACCUCUUUGUUUUGUUACUUUAACUCCUAAUGAACUGAUCUAUGACAUGUUGAUUUUACCUUAAGUAACUUUUUUUAUAUUUCAUCUAUGGUUUUACAAAGAUGGCAAACACAGCGUGCACAGAAAGUCAAAUGCCUUUGAGCGAAGACUGGCAUAAAGUGGAGCCUGAAGUGGACCCAGAGGAACCUGAAACUUUCUGGUAAAAACACGAGUUCAGCAAAACAGAAAUAAAACUUACUCAAAAAGUUGAUAUUUUUCAGGAUAUCUUACUUAAUUUUUGUAAUCUUGGAGAGAUGAGAGUUAUCCAUGAGUGAAAAUCAACCUGAACUCACAACUUGUUUUAACAGCCUGCAGUCAGAAGGGGGUAAAUUUGAAUGCUGCGCCUCUGGCUUACGAUGGGUUUGCAAGAAAAACAUAAGCUUCAAAUUGAAGUUUGGCUCCUGGGAGGAACACAUGGAGAAACUGGAAAUGCUACAUUUCCUCCCUGCAGGACCCCUGCUGGACAUCUCUGUAAUUGCAGGACAGUUUGAGGAAGUGUACCUGCCACACUGGAUCUGUGUGGGUAAGCAGAGAUUAUUGAGCAGAAAAAAGGAAGAAAUGUAAUGACUGACUGGUAAUGGAUGCAAAAACUUCUCUUUUCUUUUGGGUAGAUGAUGACCCUCCAGUUCUGGAUGAGUUUGCAGUCCUUCAUGUGGAUACCUGUGGAGAUUUUGUGGAGAAAGUCUUUGCGGUUACACCAUCCCAUGUCAAGCUGUCCCACACAGAUUUCUCUCCUAAAGGGGUCCUGAUGAGAGUGGGCCUUCCCGUGAAAUAUAGGUGUAAAAUGUUAAUAUUCAAGACCAGCAAAGCAUUCCUUACACUGCAUGCGUAUCUUAUUCCUCGUGAUCCUGCACUAGCACAGGUAAACAAUAACUUUCUUACUGAACUGAUUCAUGCUGUAAUGUACAGACAACAGUUUUGGCUCCUGUGAGGCUGAAGCUUCUCUGUACUGAGAUUUUUUCAUUUUCAUUCCUGCAGUUAAUAAAAAAAAAUGAACUGUCCAGUGGAUCCAAAAUGAUCCAGAAGCCAUACCCAGAAAAAUCUCUGAAAAUGUGUGAUAAUUUCACCCUUGCAGUGGAUAAGGACACUGCAAAAGUUUUCCCUGAGGUAUGGUUUGAACUUUGUUCUGCUGUUAUUAUCAUAGUUAGUAGUAAGGGUCUGCUCAUCUCCAAUAGUUGUGCUAUGAUAUAUGAUUUUUGUGCUCUAUAUAGAUGUAUCAGUUACUCUAGUAGAAAACCCCACAGGUCUUAAAUCAGGGCGCACUCUGUGCUCUCACACUAGGCCAAGUUGUACUCUGCAGAAGUAUGAUUGCCUCCCCUCCAUGCAGACCCCCGAAUCCUUUAAUGCCCUUGUUUAUAAGAAACUCUUAUAAAAGCAUGAUUGUAGUUUUACUGACUUUGUUGCAGAGUUUAGGGUGGACCUUAUGUUUUUCCACCAGCCACCUGUAAUAUUCAAAGAAACCCAGCCUGAUGAAACUGUCCUGUAGCCAUAAAUGUUAUUAUCUAACAUUUACAGCACUAAAAUCAAAACCUUAUUCCUUUGAUCCAGGAAAUUUAAUUGAAAAUGUUAAAUCAAAUUAAGUCCAUCAUUAACGCGAUCACAUGGUGGUGGGAGAUUUGCACGUCCUGCCGCAGUGAGAGGAAAAUCAGGAAAUCUCUAAACUACACCAGUAUUCAGUUUUAUGAAGCUGUCUUUUCACUUUACUUUUUGUAAUGCAUAUGUCUCUUUAAAAUAUCCUACAAGAGACAGAAAAAAGGUGUUAAUUUUCAAUGCUACGUUAAUGUUUAUUUCCAUUAAGCACACACAAGCUGCAGAGUCCUCUUAGUUCCCCCUGUAAGUUAGUGUGGUGAUAAUUUCUCUAAAACUUAAUGUUGAUCAGCUUGUGGGGGACUGUAAUGCUGAUCAACAACAUCCUCACUUUUACUGACCAGUACCCAUCAUGCCCUCUUUAAUCACCGAUGCCCCUCUUCCCACUAGUAUGGCAAUCACCUUUUCAACAAUGAGUGUUUUUCUGCUGCUCCUACUGCUCAAUUUUUUAUACUUUCUAAUUCACCUUCCCUAGUUUUGCUCCUUUUUCUUUGUCCUUUGCAGAAAUUAAGGCUGUUGUAUGAAAGCACUGAUCCAAACUUCUUUGAAGUGUUUAUUGCGAAUCCAGACCAGGAUCUCCUGCUCACACUCAAACAUGAAUCAACAGAAGUUUGGACCUGCGCAAUCAGACAAAGUGGGUGUUUUUAACAUUCAACAACAUGUUAUUUAAUAUAUUCUGUUUACUAUCUUGCUAGGAUCUUGUUACUUAUAUUAUUCUGCUUUUUUUUUGUAGAUGACUAUCAAAGCACUGGUUAUGUCGACGCCAUGUAUGGUAGGAAACUGUCUAGAAAUUGUUAAUUAAAAUGUCUCUAUUUGGCUUUUAAGACAUACAUGGCAAAGAAACGCAGUAGAACAGGUUUUCCACAAAUAGAAGUUGUGGUUCAACAACACACAUUUUGAGAUUUUGCUUUGCUGUUAUACUGUAUAUCACAUUUUUUUCCACUCUAGACAAGGAGCUUGCCAGACUGAGGCGUAAACUUGUCCAGAAGUUGUCCGAGGAGGUCAUCCAUCAGCUGCUGGACGACCUUUUCGCAGACGGUGUCCUAAAUGAUGAGGAGAAAGACUCAAUAUUUCAGAAGAAUAACACCAGAGCAGACAGAGCCCGCUGCCUCAUCGACACUGUGAGGAACAAAGGACAGAAGGCCAGCAGGAAAAUGAUCGAUCACCUUGAGCACAGAGACCCCACAGUCUUCACUGAGCUGGGGCUGCCCACUGGCUCACCUGUUUGACCAGAUAACAUCUCUCAGCAGAGCUUACCAACCCACAUGAGUCAAGAUCGCCUUAAAGACCCACUCCGAUGAAAAUCUUGUUUUUCAGAUUUUUUACAUGUUUAUAUGGUAUUUUUCUGAUGCUACAGGACAUAUCAUGAGAAACCUAAAUGCAAAAUUGUUUUUCUGAGUAUUUCUUCAUUCAAACCACUGUAAAUCUCUGGCAGACCCAAACAGCAGGUUCAGAAACAGUGAGAUUUCAUACGUAACCAAUCCAAGCUCCGCCCCUGGAGCCCCGCUAUGCAGGCCACACUCUGCAUAUAGAGGAGAAAUACGGAGGACGAUUGUGGAACAAGCUUGUGCGUUAGUGGAUUGCAAUGCUCAUGAAAAUGCUAAUUAUGAUAUUAGCUUUCAUCGUGUCCACAAAGACAUUAGUGUCCGAGAGCUGAAUAGCUCCAAUGUUACCUGCCACUUUUUCUGCACCGCAAUGUUAGGCUACAAGCUUAUGUGAAGAUGAGUGGACAGAGUAGCGCUGUCUCCGCCCACGACUCAGAGGUGAAUCGCUAAUGAUCUACCGGAGCUCUGCAGAAGAAAAACCCUUGAAAAUGACACAGGUAACCUGAUUUUUUGUAAAAACUUCAUAAUCACAAUUUAAAGACCACUGAGAACACUUUAAAUAGUAAAAUAAAUAAAUAAAUACAAUAAAAAAAUCGGAGUGGGAGUUUAAAGGAAACAUUGAUGGAACAAAAACAGAUACUCCUAAAUAAUUAUGCAAUUACAAUAAUAGGUGUCACAUGUGAUUCAUUUUAUUGCUAGAAAAACUCUAAGCACCUACUGAAAGUUGCUUUAUUACUUUUUUCUAUUAAAGUGUAUUACUUCAAAAAGAUUACCAUAUCAACAAAAACAUUGCUCUUCAUCUGCUUGAUGUGUAAAUAAGAAACUGUUUGCUAACAUGUCAGCCAUAACUGAUGUAUAUGUUAAUAAUAUUAACAUUUUAACUGUCAUGUAUGCCUCGGCAGGCUUAGCAUAUAAAUAUAUGUUUGACACAAAAGUAAAACAUAAGGUCAAAACUAUGUCUAGACAGUUCGAUUCUAUGUGAAUAAAUGACACGCUUUUAUUUUGAGGGGGGUUGAUAAACCCAUUAGAUGAAGUUCGGUCACUGAUGAUCUAUUUACGACCAACUCAGACAGAAAUGAUUUUUAAAAAAAAUGUAAAUAUAUAUUAAGAUCAUAAAUAAAUAUUUUUUACACAGUUUAUUAAACUCAUUGGUGUUUUUAUAUUUAAUUUGUCACUGUAUUGUGUCAUCAAAGGUCAAUGCUUCAGAGUGAAUGAACAUUUAAUAGGGUUAAGGUUGAUUUGGACAUAACAAAGCACAUACAGAUAAUAUGUAACAUGGAUUUCACUCCACAACUCAGCUAACUCAAUUUAAAGGACAAAUGUUAACAUUUUUAAAGCUCCUGUGAGGAGAUUUCCGCUGGUUAUAAAAAUGACUGAAGUUCACUCUGAUGCCUCUUUAUGAGUUACAAAAGCAAACAAGACCAUCAGCGUAAAGGUUGACUUACAAUUAUGUUUAUUUUAUGUCUGAAACUAUCAGAAGUAAUGAUAAACUGCACACUCCUUUUUUUAUAUUCUCUCUGGUAAAGAGUUUCUCUCUGUCAUACUUUUGACUUUUCAAGUAAAGCAUGAUGGGAUGAAAAAUAUGUACUCACACAUAUUUAGGAUAAGAUCAGCAGACAGAUAAGAGGAACCACAUUAUCGCCAAUCUAGAAGUUCCUUACAGGAUCUUUGAAUGAGAGAGAACCUUUAAAAGCUCCAUAGAGACUAACAUUGACAGAUCCUGGGACAGACUUUCAUGUCAAUUUCUGAGCCCCCUGUGAACAAAGCAUCAGCUUUUAUUUCUAUGCUAAUUUUGCCUUGUACUCUAUAUAUUGUUUUCUUAAAAAAAAUCUUAUCCACCUUUAUUUGCUUAUUGUGUGUUUGCUUGAUCAGCUCAUAAAAAAGCUUCAUGGUAAAUUUCAGUGUGUUGAGUGACCAACUAAAAACUUCUCACUGUAGCUUUGAUAUAAGAAAAAACAGAAACGAUUAUCUAACUUUCUAUGAUGUCCACCUUUAGAGAUGGUCAAAGUACCGUCCUACAAAGAUGGGAAUGUGCUUCUUUUGAUUGAUUUGGUCUUGAUGAUGUUUAGACUAUGAUCAGUCUUAACUUCAAAUAAAUACAGUUAUAAUAACAAUAAUAAAAACCAAAUCACUCCAUCUCUUGUCUGAAUGAUCCAGGUGAGGUGCUGGUGCAGUCCAUUUCUGUUAGACGCCUGAGAUGACAGGCAUCCCAGUUUAAAAAUCAGCAUCGGCAGUGUUGUUAGCAUUGUUAGCUAUAUCAGGCAAUAACAGCACAUGGAAUCAACUUGACAGCAUGUUCACAGAUAAAACUAGCAUAAUACUAAUAAAACUACAAUGUAGUAAGUAGUUGGAGGCAUUUAACCCUGACUGUAGACUUGGAUUAGCCUUCCACACAACAAAAUGACUAACAUUAAUAGGCCAUACCCAGUGUUCAUCUUGAAAUGGUUUCCAGGGUAACCACAGUAUGUGCUAGUCUCCCAAAGGGUGAGGAAUUCAAACCUGCUCGUAUCUGUCGCCCCAAGAUCCCCCAAUCCAGCAUGGCUCCAAAGACAUGGCUAUAGUUCUUGUUGAAUAAGCCGUAAAGGAAAGGAUUCAGAGAGGAGUUGGCAUAUCCGAGCCACAUGGAGGCCUCCAGGAGUAGCGGGCUGAGGCCGUAGCCCUUCAGAGGGUGGAUAAUGUUCACGCUGAAGAAAGGAAGCCAGCAGAACAGGAUCACCCCCAUGAUCAGACCCAGCGCCUUCACAGCCUUCCACUCUUUCUUUUUCAGCGAGCAUCUGUCCACAUGAGCGUGGACUUGUCCGCUAGAGUCAGUCCUCAUGGAGGUGUGGUUAGUCUGAAGCUGCCCCGUAUGGUGAUCAAUUGCAUGGAUCCACCUUGCUUGUCUCUGUGCAGCCUUGAAGAUUUUUCCAUAUGCAAACAGCAUGAUGCCGACAGGGAUGAAGAAAGAGAUGGCAGAGGUUGCAAAGGCAUAGGGGACCUUAAAGGUGGCCAGACAGGUCUGAUUUUCUGGUAAUGUGCUGUUUCGUAUCGCAGCAUGAGGAGACUGAGUGUACAUGCCAAAGGACACACACAAAGAGGAGAAGACCAGGGGCAGAAUCCAGCAAAGCAGCAGCAUCACGGCCACACGCCUGGGAGACAUCCGGGUGGGGUAGUGUAGAGGGUCACACACUGCUAUGUACCUGUCCAGCGCCACACAGGUGAGAUUAAAAAUUGACGUUGUACAAAACGUGACAUCCAGAAAGAGGUGUGCUCGGCAGAAACACUGCCCAAAGUGCCACCUGUCAACAGAGCGCACCAAACUGAAAGGCAUCACAAGCACAGCAACCAGUAAGUCUGCUACAGCUAGAGAAACAAUGAAAUAAUUUGUGGGUGUUCGGAGGCUUUGGAAACGCGCAAAUGCUGCUAUAAUGAAGAGAUUCCCAAUGAUGGCGAAGAUGGGGAUCGGUACCAGCAGGCACAGGACACAAACUCUACCGACGGUGCUGUGAAAUAAAGCAGAAUCAAUGCCGUCAUCAGUCAGGCUGUGGUUAUCUGAGGUGUUCGUUCUUGAUGUGGAAAUCAUGAUGCUGUAAGAGACUUGCCAUCAGACGCUUAAUAUGAAUCCAUGUAGUCCACCAAGAGCUAUCAGGUCUAAACCUUUGUUCCCUCAUCACGCCCAGCAUACAUGUUGUCUACCAGACUCUGUCAGUUUGAGUAUGUCCAGCAUUGAUCCAUCGCCACAACAAAGCCCCUCAGAAGUUAAAGAUUGACCAGCAUGUACCAGGAGUCAGUGGGCCAUGAAUAAAGUGAACAGGCGGGUGUAUUGAGAGCGAGCUGUGUCAAAGCUCACCUCUAAUCGAAGCUUCCUGUCUAUAUAUCAGCAAUAAACUCUCACUUUUAUAUCCUCCCAGUCAAGAUACCCCACUGACUAACAGCAUGGUGUUUGCUCUUUACCAUUGACACUUUGAACGGUGCUGCUCUUUUAUCAUCAUGUUGAUGUUACCUUCAUAGUGAGGUGUAGUGUUACAAGUUCUUUACACAUCCAGAGAGAAGCAUUUAAAAGAGAGAGAGGUCUCCUGAAGGCACUGUUUGAGCAUUGAUCUACUUUUAUUUUUAUGUAUCACAUUUCUGAUAUUGAUAUUCAGAGCUUUUGAACAUCAAACACACAAAGUAAUGAUAUCUGAUGAUUGUGCGCACAGCAAAUAAACCAGGCUAUACUUAUUUUCCACAACAUACCAUUAAAAUAUCAAGUGACUGCAACAGAAAGGUGAUCAAUUGUCUUAUCACGCACUUUACAUGAGAGCUGGAGAGUUCGUCAUGUUCAGUCUUUUUACAGGGCAGACAUGGAUCAAAAAGAAAGUGACUUCUCUGAUUUUUUUUCUUUUUUUUUUUGCGGUAAAAUAAAUGCAUGCACUGGUGACUUUCUGGUGAACAGUGGUUUUUAUCAACCGACUCAAAGCCAUUACUGUCCUCUAGAAAAAUCUCCCUGUAUUUCAACCAUAGGUACAGCAACAUAGGACAAAAUACCUCUGAUACAGCAGCAAAGUUAAUCACCUCACAUAGACCACUAAUGACAACAGCAGUCCACUGACCGAUGAGUGAUUAUGGGACCAUGUACAGUGUGUGUUCAUGUCUUGAAUCCUUUUAAGAAGUGAACAUGUCACACCUUGUCGACAGGCACAUUGCUGUCUUUGCUGAUCCCUGCUUUGUCUCUGUUAUUGUUACCCUCCCAGUUCCCUCAGUUGGUGUCCCUCCUCUUGACUCCCCUCUCAGAGACCCAUGUGGGCACUCUCCAGGGCUGCCAGGCAACAGGCUAGGAGUGGAAGGAGUUGGGGUGGUACCCCCCCAGAUAUAUAAUGUUUCCCCUUCAGGACAAGGUGGGAGACCGUGGCUCAGGUAGCUGGGGCUAGGACUAGCUGAUGAAGGCAGAGUACGCUGGCUUCCGUUCAAGCAGCUGGAAUUGUGAUCCGCUGAGCCUUUGCGGGAGUUUCCAGAGGAGCUGAAGUUAGAGGAGCGGUAGUUGUAGGCUCUCCGUUUACGCUGAUGACACUGGCAUCUUAGGAUGCGAAUGAAGGCCAGCUUGAACUCACGGUUGUAGCAGGGGUAGAUGAUGGGGUUCAAGCAGCUGUUGAAGUAGCCCAGCCAGAAGAUCACUUUGAAGAGGAUAUCAGGUAGGCGCAAAUUCACAUUAAAAGACCCUGGAAACAACGGAGAAGAGACAGAGAGACAUUGUCAAAUCAAUUAUAUGUGGGCCAUAACUUAGCACCAGAACCUUAGGUCAACCCAUCAAAUGCCCAAACAGUACCUUGGUAUAAUCCAUGCACACUGUUCAUAAUUAGCCAUUCUCAUUGAGCUUUAAAAAAAAACUAUUACUUUUGGGAGAUGUUUUUAUUUGUUUAUUUAUUUUGUCUGUAGUUAGACGAGAAGAUCAUUUCCUCUGUAAUGUCUAUGGGUUAUAGCCAAACUAACGUGAUUAGCUGCAUAAGCUUCAAGAAUUAGCAUGGGCAUAUAGCAAAUAUGGCCUUCACCAAAGUACAGAAAUGUAAAAUACUAGAGCUGUGACAGGCUACAGUUAUGCACCUACUAAAGAGGCGCAAAGCUUUCCUAUUAUAGUCUUUCAAAGUGUGAAUACUUGCUGGUUUCUUUAAUCCACUAUAACGACAAGCUGAUAAUUUGUCAGUGGUAUAUAAGACAAGACACUGACUUCAGCUUGAUUCAUAUGUUCCUUUUAUAUACAGCAAUUUAUAAUCCAAAAACAAAUCAUUUGUAGAGAAGACAGAAGACUGAUUCAUUUACUGAUAUUAAGAUUUGGCACUUGUUGCAUCUCUUCUACCAGCACCUCCAGCCAAGAGGUUGGAUCUCAUUUUUUUCACACAGAAGUAGAAAGAAGCAGAAACAUAAAAAAGACUGUUAAUUUCAAGGGAGUUAUGUGCUGUAACAGAAGUGAGCAAGGCUUAACCGUGCAUUCAGUCUGUUCAAUAUUUUAAAUUCAUCCUCAGCUGUUGUCCUCACAGCCAGGGCAGGAGGUUUAGCCAGGGGGCAUGGCAGACACCAAUAUUACUUGCUGUCUAAUAAUAGCUUGUUUGUUGUCAAUUGGAAGCAGUGAAAUAUUAACAAUUUGUCAGAUUUAGUUUUAGCACCAGCAACAUCCACGAUAAAAAUAGCCCCUGUGAACGAAGUGAAUACCAGGCUAAGGUAAAGGGCCCCACUGCACAUAACAAACAUGAUUGCUUUACAUACCAAAUGUCAAUUC